AUGAUAGGCUGGUCGCGCCAAUUGAGGUGCACUCCCGCCUGGACAGCAGCAGCAGCAGUAGCGGCCUCACGGCAAGCGGCGAGACCAACAAGCAGAGCAGCGGCGGCGGCUGCAGGGUCGCGAAGAUGGCUCGGUUCGGCAACGCCACGUCGCCAUGAAGGCGAGAGCGGUUCCGGCGGCGCACGCCUCGACGACCACGACAUCUCGCGCCUCGCCGGCAAGCACCUGCACCAGCUGCGCCUGGCCGACCUGGUCAAGCACGGCCGCCCGCCGCUGGCCGAGGAAGCGCUGCUACAGUCGGCCAACUUCACGCUGAGCCUGCUGCCGGUACGGCUCGCCCACCGCCUCCAGGCGCUGCGCAGCCUCCCCUACAUCGUCGUGUCCAACCCCAACAUCCGCACCAUAUACAACAACUACCAGCACUCGCUCGAGACCCUGCUGCCCUGGGAGGAGCGCGGCGGCGUCGCGACCCUGGAGGAGGAGGUCGAGUUCACCGCCGUGCUCGCCCAGCUCGUGCAGACGCACGCCGACACCAUCCCGACCCUCGCCCGCGGCUUCCUCGAGUGCCGCCGCUACGUGCGCCCCGAGGACGUGACGGCGUUCCUCGACGAGCACCUGCGCGCGCGCAUCGGCACCCGCCUCGUCGCCGAGCAGCAUAUCGCCCUGCACUUCUCAUCGGCCCCGCACUUCGACCCCGGCGCCAGCCCGACCCCCUGCCCAGACGAGCCCUCCUUCAUCGGCGUCAUCGACACGGCCCUCCGGCCGGCCGACGUCAUAGACCACUGCGGCGGCGCCGUGGCCGACAUUUGCGAGCUCCGCUACGGCGUCCGCCCGGACUGGGUCGUCGACGGCGAGCCCGACACCACGUUUGCCUUUGUGCCCAUGCACCUGCACUACAUCGUCACGGAGCUGCUCAAGAACGCCUUCCGCGCCACGGUCGAGAACCGCAUGAGCAGGGAGCCCAUCGUCGUCACCAUCGCGCCGGAGCCGCCCUUCAGCAGCGGCGGCGCCGUGCGCGUCAAGCCGCCCAGCGAGGACCGCGGCAACUUCCGCUCCGACGCCCCCAUCCGCCCGCUCGACGACAACGCCCCCGGCGUCACCAUCCGCAUCCGCGACCGCGGCGGCGGCAUCGCGCCCGACGUGCUGCCAAACAUAUGGUCCUACAGCUACACCACCUUUUGCGAGCAAGACGACACCCUGCCCGGCGGCGGCGGGGGCAGCAACAGCGGGUCGGACGCGCUCAACAUAAUCUCGAGCGCCAGUAACGGCCGCAGCUCCAUCGCGGGACUCGGCUACGGUCUGCCCCUGAGCCGUGCCUACGCCGAGUACUUUGGCGGUGGCAUCGCUGUCCAGAGCCUUUACGGAUGGGGCACGGACGUCUACGUGCGGCUCAAGGGGGUGGAGGGGACACCAAAAACCCAGUUCCACGGCAAGUGA